AUGGCCCAGUCCGACCAGUUUGCUCUGCAAGUCGGAAAGUACCUGUUCGAAGAAAUGCUCAGCAGACCUGAUGUUGGCGUGGGUGAUGCACGUAAUGGCGCGCUCGAGAUUGAGGCGAAGCUAGGCACUUUGGUCGACCGUAACACUGAUCAGCGAGUCCAACUGCCUGUCCAAAAUCCAGCAGUGCUUGAUCGUAACAUGUCUGCACGUCUGCGAUUCGAGAGUCAUAUGACCGAAGCACACCACAAACGUCUGAAUGAGUUUCUCAAUCUGGCAGUGCAGGAAUCAGCGGCAAAUCCUAGUAGACAUAGACUGGACUACAAGCACCGCUACGAGAUCGACUCUUUUGCACAGCUCACCAGGCAGCGAAGCACGCGACUCCGUACCUCCAUUAACGAGCGAGCUCCGGCCGGCACGGAUCCUGUUAUUGCGCGCAUAGUCAAGAUCCGACUUGCCGACCUAGACAUAUUCUGCCCCGGAUCACCAUUCGACUGCCGUAUCAGCAUCAAUAUCGAAGUAGACAUGCAUCGACCCGACAUUGAUCCCAAGUCGAUACGCAAGAAGGACAGACUCAGCUACACGCACUCGGUAUAUAGCGUGGAUUUGACUCAAGUCAAGAGUGCAGAUGGGCGCAAGGUACACGAGCUUGAAAUCGAAGUCGAUGCCAUCAAGCUGCGUGAGCAGGCGGAGCGGGAGGCGGCGGGACAGCCCAGUGGGUUUGGAGACAUGGUGCAAGGAUUGGUUAAUAACAUGUUUACGCUCAUGAGUGUGCGAUUGAACUGAGAGGCAUACGGCCGUUCACAGCAAGGUCGGGUUGAGGAGAAAGCAAGCAACGAUGUGAUGAGCAUUUGGGUCACGAUGUGGAGGCAUGGUUCAGAUGCUGGAAGAGAAGGACUGGUUUGAUUCGGUCAUCCUUAGAACCCGGACAAUAUAAUCCAAGCGAGUUGAUAUUCCUACAUGAUGUUUGCAUGAAGCCUUUGAGAUGGCUCGAUGCAGUUGGUCAGCUGUGAGUUGUGGAUUGGUUGGUGUGAUGCGUGAGGAUCGGAAGACGGACGA